UGUGUCCCCCACAAUGCCUUGCGCGGCGGGACUUUCAUAAUCAGUUACCAACACAGCGAAACUCUCCCGACCUUUGCUCGGCACAAGAAGCGCUAUGGCAGACGAAAAGACUCCCCUUCCAGGAUGGGUGAAGGCUUGGCUGGUCAGUACGGCGGUCAUACAGACGUGGGACGCCUCUUUCAUCUGGCUACGGCCGCAUACGUUCCCAGGAGGUGCCCUGGACCUGUACUGGAAACCAUACAGCCUGUACAUUGAUGUUGACAUGAGGUACAAGGACAUGACAGACAGCUUUGUGAUGGCCGUUUCUCUCUUGAACUAUGUGGAGGUGGUCCUGUGCCUCAUACUUCUGUACAUGAAUUCCAAGUCAUCCAGCCGCACCGUCCUGGCUACUCUGGUGGUUCAAACCAUGACGUUCUGGAAGACGGUUCUAUACCUGCUCAUGUACGUCCCCCCUAUGAGCGAUGUCGCCAUGUUAGGGACCACCAACUGGCUGGAGCUGGUUUUCCUCUUCAUCAUUCCCAAUGGCCUCUGGGUGCUCAUCCCGGGAGCUACCAUGUGGGAGAUGUGGGGGAGGGUAGCAUCACAGGGAAAAACCUCCCAAGGAAAGAAAGGGAAAUAGUAUAAACAAGGAGGUUCCUGGUACAAAACUCAUCAUUUUUACAUCUUUUACCUUUGAGAAAAAUUUAAUCACAUGAUUGUUUUUAAACAGGUUAUCAUCAUGUUUUGGUAAACUGUGUAUCAGUAAAGCUACUGGUAAUCCUGUAAUACACCACACAUAAAAUUUGGUUUUAGAUUACCACUGGUAAAUAUCUUUUGCAACUUGUUUGAAAUACUUGCCUAGUAGAUAAAUUUCAGUGUGACUUUUGCAAUACUAUAAGAAAAGUAUGCUUUAAAUUUUUCAUACCUGGGAUAAAAUGAAAUAAAUAGAAAUGCAGCUUACGAAAAUUCUUUGAAAACAUUCCAUUGCAUAAUAGAUCAGGUAUUACUAUCAGGGCAGCAGGACAAUCCAUUUUGUUGAUGAAAUAUUUUAUGAGUGAAAAUUUAUAAUACCAGGAAAUUGCAGACAGUUGGCAUGCCACCAGCCUUUGGCUUUAUUACUUACAUUUCACAUCUCAACUGAUGCCAAAUAUUUCUAGUGCCAAUCUAGAUUUAUAUAUAAGAGUAAUAAUAAAACUAUAUAUAUAAUACACUACAUCAAGGACUUAAAUUUUUCCUGUACAAGUUAAUGACACUUUUAAGAGGGACAGUGUGAUUUGCAGUGAUACAAACGUCAGUUGGCACACUAGUUAUAUUAAUCAUAGACAGGUGCACUGUAGAUGUCAUUAUCAAAUCCUCCAGCAAGGUGGACGUGAAUAAUUCAAUAAAUGACAGUACAGGACUACA